UGCGCACUACACUGAAGGUUGUUUGUUCCUCGGUAUUUUUUUUUCUGAAUUUUUUUAUUUGAUCUGGAAUUACGGUUUUAUUGACAAUGUCAGCAGUCGUGCACUUUUUGCUGCCUUUCUUCCUCUGCAUUGCUUUGGCGAAUACUGACAUUUUUGACAAUGUGCUGGUGGACAUGUCCUAUGAUCACUACGCCGAGCAGAGAGUGGAUCAGCUCCCUGCUUUUCUGGCCAUGCCAUUUAACUGUCUCGUGAACGUGGGUUAUAUUAUUGUUGGUGUUUACUGGCUGACCAGAAGGACGAAGGAUCCUCGCACCGAUUACGCGAAGGACGUGUUUGCUCUUAUGGCCCUCGCAUACGGACCGGUCCAGUGGACGCGUCUGGCGACGCUGCGCCGCGCUCCAUGCGUCCUGGACCAGUGGAUCACGCUGCCCAUAUUCGCCUGGGUGCCGGUGUGGUGUCGGUUUAUUACGCACGGCUGGUCCACGCGUUAUGCAGUGAUUGUGGAGGUGUGCUCUGUAAUGAGCUACUUUCUGGCGCUGCUGCACGACCGCGGCUUUGAUUUGGCCCUCGGCGUUCAUAUCGCAGCUGCGCUUCUGCAAGCCGCCGCGUCUCAGCGCGCGUUUGGAGACCAGGUGUCUUUGCGCUAUUUAAUCCUCGCAGCGCUCUCCUGUGUCGGGUUCGUGCUUUUAAAACUCUUGGACUACGAACUGGCCAAAUUCUGGCUUUUUCAAAAGCUCACUGGACACUUCUGGUCCAAAGUCUGCGACAUUCUACAAUUCCACUACAGUUUUUGUUUUCUUACGCACCUGACGCAAAUUGCGCACAAACGAACGUCAUAAAUCAGUGACGUUUACUGCAUACUAAUGUAUUCAGUAGUAACAUUAAUCCGUUUCUUAAUUGACAUGAUAGCAGUAAUGUACACUGAUUUUCUAAUCCUUUUUGUUCUAUAUAGACGCUAUAUUUUAUAAAAGCAAGAUUGUUUCAAUGUUAUACAGCAUUAAAUGGUGAAAAAAAAUGUUAUAAAUGACCUAAAGUCGUUGAAAUAAUUAAAGUGAUAAUACAGAUAUAAAGAAGGGCAUUCAUGAAACUUGAAUAAGACACAAUAAUUUGUAAUACAAUAUUUUUAUUUUCAUUAUUUAUCUAUAAAUUAAAAUCUUAUGAAAAUCUUUUACUGCUAUUUUAAGUUUAUAGCAGCGAAUGACUGACAGCUACAACACACAAAAACAAAGUACUGCAUCUCACAUUUUUUUGUGGUUUAAAUGAUGUUUGCUUUGUAUAUGAGAUGUUUCUCUACGCAGAUGGUGUCCAUUACAACCACUAUUAAAACCAGUGCUUGCCUCACAGUGCUUACUACAGAAAUACAUAGUUUAGAUUAAAUGGUGUAAGAAGCUGACAUAACAUCACUUCAGACUAUCAAAUCACACAAAUCAACACUAAUAAAUAUGAAGGCAAAGAGAGAUCAGAUACACUAAUGACAUUUUAAACCACUAAAUUUGAAUAGGCUUUUUAUAAAUAGCUCUAAAUAUUUCAAUAGUUUUUAAUGACUGAAAAGAUUUUUUUUCUUGUUAUUCAAGAGCUUUCUGACUUAUUCACUGCAAACCCUGAAAAAUGUAUUUUUCCCCUACCAUUUACUGAACAUGAAUGCAUUAUUUGAAAAGAACAGAUACAAAUACAUCAUAUAAUUUGUGAUUAUAGUAGUAAGGUUCACUUGUAAUUAAAAAAAUACAACAUGACAAUA